CUGUUUUCAUUGCCAAUUCCAUACCCUUGGCUUGUACUUGUCACUUUUCCCACAUUUGUCAAGGAUCUUUUAUAGCUCCAAGAAAAAACACUCAUCAGCCUUUCUGACAUCUGCCUUUUUUCUCGUCUUGCCAUUUUUUUUCUCUACCUCCCUCAUAACUCACCACAAGCUUCAGAAGCUCAUAUCACAACGUCACAAUGGGUAAAACACAGCCCAACCUCUUCGCUUUCCGCGACACAAACGCUCUUGCCCCAGCAUUGCGCUCGUACGUUAUUCAGAGCCAGGCUGCCGGUAUUGCUCGACACGGUGCUUUCAAGGUUGGCGUCUCUGGUGGUUCGCUGCCCAAGACACUCGCCCAGGCCCUCUUGGCCCCCUCUUCCGGUCCCAACGAUGUCGUCGAUUUCGCACGUUGGGAAAUCUUUUUCGCUGACGAGCGUGCCGUACCUCUCGACCACGAAGACUCCAACUAUGCUCUUCUGAAGAAGGAGCUUUUGGACAAGCUCCCCGAGGAUCAGAAGCCUACCGUUCAUCCCAUCAACACCGAGUACCUGAACGACACGCAGGAACUUGCCGACCAGUACGAGCAGACUCUUGUUGCUAGCUUCGCCAGCCGCGAUUCUGUUCGUCUGCCCAUCUUCGACCUCCUCCUUCUCGGAUGCGGACCCGACGGACAUACCUGCUCUCUCUUCCCUGGCCACGAGCUGCUCCGCGAGGUCAACGCCUGGGUCGCUCCUAUCGAGGAUUCCCCCAAGCCUCCCCCCAAGCGCAUCACUCUCACCCUCCCCGUGGUUAACCACGCCGUCCGCGUUGCAUUUGUCGCCACUGGAGGCGGCAAGAAGGACAUCAUGAAGCAAAUCUUCGAUACCGAAGGUGGCCUGCCCUGUACCCUUGUCAACGAGGGCACUGGCGAGCGCUGCAGCUGGUUUGUUGACGAGCCCGCUGUCGAGGGCGUCAGCUUCCCUAGAAGGGCUUUCCUAUGAUACCGUUCCCAAGUUAGCUAUAAUACCAAGCAUCUCUACCAGUUUUUGCGCCGUAGCCUGACAUACCAUGCAAAACCACGUCAAAUACUCUCGCAACCAGGUGGGGUCUGGCAUCAUACGAAAAUCGCGGGGUAGCUAGACGAGAAGCUAUUCCUUCCAUUAUUCCCCUGGUCCUACGAAACUGGAAAAUCAGUGGCCUUGCCUGACUCCUCCAAAAACUAAUUACAAGGAUCGACGAAUAUGCUGCUGGCAUCUGGGUUCUACUCGUUUCUUACUAUUUAUGAUUUUGCUAUUUCUUCAUGACGACACUUGGCUUUUGCGUGGAAAUCAUCUAGAGGGCGUUCGUUUCGAGGUUGGGGAGCUUCCAAGACACGACAACACAAACUACGACACAAAAAAAGAGACAAAACACACAAAAAAAUCAGCUGCUUUCUUGCGAGCUAGAAUUUAGAGCCCAAAGACUUGACGUUUGAGUGCGAAAUGUCUGUUUUCAAUUGAUAUCCGGUUGAUUUAUGCGAACUACAAAAAAUAGGUAGAUAGGAGCAUGUUCUACUUGUUAUGGCUUCUGUAGAACAGCCAAUGAACUCAUAUCAUGGCCCUAUCUCGAGUCGAUAAGAAAGAGGGAAACGCCA